UUAUCUCAUCGCCGAUUUUUUUUAACACUUCACAACUCUUCCUCUCAUCCUACACGCGCCGCUUAUCAUCUCUCACGCGCCACCGUCGUGUCACCCAUUAAACCUCAAAUCCAAAAAAAAAAAAAAAACUCUUUCGUUUUCAACUUUUCCUUUCCCCUUUAUCUUUUUUUUUUUCCUUCAGCGUUCUGUCGUUUUCUCCUUUUCCUUUCACAUUUAAUUUAAGAUCUCAAAAAACCCAAAACUCAGAAUCAAAUCAAAGUCUUUAGGGUUUCUACUAAUUUAUGAGUAACAAGUGUUUCCGCUGUGUGAUGAUAAGAGAAUCAUCAUGGGAGGAGUAACUUCAUCAAUCGCCGCAAAGUUCGCUUUUUUCCCUCCAUCCCCACCAUCGUACGGGUUUGUACCCGACGUUGACCGGUUGUACAUAACCGAAGUGCCUCGCCGUGACGAUGUCGAUGUGUUGAAGCUAAAGACACGUCGUGGUAACGAGAUUGUGGCUGUUUAUGUUAAGCAUCCUAAAGCUAAUGGUACGCUCUUGUAUUCACAUGGUAACGCUGCUGAUUUGGGUCAGAUGUUUGAGCUUUUCGUCGAGCUUAGUAAUCGUCUCCGAGUUAAUCUCAUGGGGUAUGAUUACUCUGGUUAUGGUCAGUCUACUGGAAAGGCAAGUGAAUGUAAUACAUAUGCUGAUAUAGAUGCAUCAUAUACCUGCCUCAAGGAGCAGUAUGGUGUAAAAGAUGAUCAACUGAUAUUAUACGGUCAGUCUGUUGGUAGUGGACCAACGAUUGAUCUAGCUUCACGCACGCCUAAUUUGAGAGGUGUGGUUUUGCACAGCCCUAUUCUCUCUGGGAUGAGAGUUUUGUAUCCGGUUAAACGUACUUAUUGGUUUGAUAUUUACAAGAAUAUCGACAAGAUCAGAGCAGUUACCUGUCCUGUCUUAGUAAUCCAUGGGACAGCAGAUGAAGUAGUUGAUUGUUCUCACGGAAAACAACUUUGGCAACUUUCAAAAGAGAAGUAUGAACCCUUAUGGGUAUCUGGAGGAGGACACUGCAAUCUAGAACUCUAUCCAGAGUUCAUUAAACAUCUGAAGAAAUUCGUAAUAUCGAUUUCCAAACCCAAGGGACCAAGAAAUGGCUCGACCAAGACUGUAACGAUAGACACAACCAAAAACCAGAGCAAGCCUUCUGAGAACGGCCGUUCUGAAACGUUUCAACUCGGCUGCUGCCUUCCGGAAGUUUCUAGAAACAGUGUAGACAGUCAGCUGGAGAAAUCUAAGAAGACUAGUAAACCCGAAAAGUCCCGAAUGAGUGUUGAUAGAUUUAGAAGGAAAAAAGGUCUAGUGUGGUGACAUAAAACCCGGUCGAACCAUCCGCCGAAAACAGGUUAUUUGUAACUCCUGUUUCUGUAAUCCAUGUAUUUUGUUUUCUUUCUGCAGCCACUUGAUAUGUUUCUGCGUAAAUUAUGACGUGUGUGUUUUGUUUUUUCUCUCAGGUUUGUGUAUGUAUGUUCUGAUAGUAACAGAUCAAACUCAAAAGUCUUGAUUUCAUAUUUGGUUGUAACUUUGUCAUGGUA